AAAUCUUUCUUCCACUUUCCUGUCCCUUCUAACUUUGGUUCUUAACACAACUCAAAUUAUCAAUCAAAUCAUUAAUUUAUCCCAAUUUCAGAUUUCAGGCAAUCUUUGUUCUAAUGGCCGCAAUCAAUGUCUCUCCACUCUUCACCUCCUCUUCUUCACUUCGCACUUUCUCUUCUUAUGCUCCCCAAAAUACCCCUACCCUUUCCUUAUACUCACGCUUCGCCCCUUCCCUGUCUUUCCCUUCCUUUUCUCUGAGACCUCCCAUUUCCACAAAAACUCGCUCUUUAAUAAUCGCUUCUGCUGUCAAGAACCUCUCGGAGGUCGAACCCAUUCCCGUCCCGGCCACUCCCGAGGAAUUUGCCGCUAAGUUCCCUUCGGAUGCUGGAGUCUACGCCGUUUUUGAUCAAAAUGACGAACUUCAAUUUAUAGGCAUCUCGCGUAAUAUUGCUAGCAGCCUUUUUUCUCAUAAAACUUCAGUGCCGGAGCUUUGCUGCUCCGUUAAGGUUGGUGUAGUCAAUGAAGCUGAUAGAACAGCUUUAACUCAAGCUUGGAAGUCAUGGAUGGAAGAGCAUAUAGAAGCCACUGGAAAGGUCCCGCCAGGCAAUGAAUCGGGAAACACCACUUGGGUCCGGCAGCCUCCAAAAAAGAAGGCAGAUCUCCGACUUACUCCCGGUCGUCAUGUCCAAUUGACAGUUCCACUUGAGGAACUCAUCGAUAAGUUGGUGAAGCAGAACAAGGUGGUGGCCUUUAUUAAGGGGUCAAGAAGUGCCCCGAUGUGCGGAUUCUCGCAGAGAGUAAUAGCCAUUCUGGAAAACCAAGGAGUGGAUUAUGAGAGUGUAGAUGUGCUGGAUGAAGAGUAUAAUUGUGGAUUAAGGGAGACACUGAAGCAAUAUAGUAACUGGCCCACAUUCCCUCAAGUUUUUGUGAAUGGAGAGCUGGUUGGAGGGUGUGAUAUAUUGACCUCAAUGUACGAGAAGGGUGAGCUUGCUGGUUUGCUCAAAAACUAGUGGCUUUGAGUUUUGCUUUUAGCAGUUAGCCAUAGAGAGAGCAUGGAAAGAAAAGAAAUGAGAUUGUAAGACGGUGUAUUAUAUUGUUAUGCCUUUCAUAGGUUGUGGAUCAUAAUUGCAUUUUAUGGUAACAAUCUCUGGAUAAGCAUCUCAGGUAAACUCUUCCUUUUUAUUUAGGCACGGCAGACUUGCUUUUUAUUUAUCUCAAUUAGAGGGGAAAGGAAAGGAAGUGUCUUAAGAUGUGAAA